AUGUUGAAAAAAGAUUCGCCAGGGUAUUAUGAAAACUUAACUAUUUCUAAAUGCAAAAGAAUUGUUCGACCAUUAGUAUCUAAAAUCCAUGCCCUCAAUGAUUUGAACAGUAAGUAUCCAUCAAUGUUAGACUUCAAUUUCCCACAUGAUGAUGAAUGUUUACAAGGCAUCUUAAGCAAAAAGAGUCUAGAUCAUGACAAUAAUGUUGAACUCCCCGUGUAUUAUCAACAGGGUCCAGUUAGAAGAAAAAUUCGUAAGCUUGAAAAACGAAAAAAUGCUAAGUGUUACGAUUACGAUAGCGAUUAUGAUGAAAGCGAUUAUUUACUGGAAACUUCUUCCAUUAAUAUAUAUUCUUCCCCAGAAGUGAGAGAACAUAUUUCGAGGAUGAAUAGCUUGAUUGAGCCGCUAAAUUCGUCCGAAAGACUAAAAUCAUUGAAACCAUAUAUUUCAAGCCAACUCUAUCAAGCAUACUAUGACAUAUUCCUCAUAUUCCGAACUAUAAUAAAUUCAUUGAUAUUGAAAACCCAAAGAAAUUUUGAUUCGUCCCUUAAUAUACCUAAAUUGUCAUCCCUAUGUUCCUUCAAGAUUGGUAAAUUUAUGGCGCUUUCCACGAAGCCCACAUACUUUGAAAUGAAUCAUUCCUUAUUAUUUGAUCCUGAUACAAUUCCUUACCAUCUCCGAAAAUAUCUGGAUAUUCUUUUGGAUGAUAUAGAUGAAUGGUUAGAAAUGAAACCAGAGGUUGUGACUUUUGCUCAUAGAAUUGAUUUAUUGUUUGGAUAUGUGAUGCAUUUGUUAGUCAUAAACCUGGAUCUGACAUUGUAUUUGUUAAUACCUAUAUUAAUACAUUGGCUAAAUGAAGAACUGAGAAGACCUGGUAACAAAAUGUUACAAUCAUUAUCAAGAAAUUUCUUUGUCGAGUAUUGGACUUACGGGCCAGAUUAUUUUGAAAAUACUGGGUUUGAAGGUAUAGCGAGUAUACUUACUGGAAGUCAAAAGAGAGAGCGAAAUUUAAACAUAUUUUGGAUUUUCCAUAAAAUAGGUUAUUGGAAAAAUUUAAUCAAUUCUUUCGAUUGUAAAUCUGCAACUGCCGGUCUCAAUUCAUAUGAAGUUCUAAUACUUGAUACUAUACCCUUGAAUAAUAAAUUAAGUCUCAAUAUAUUAACAAAUCUUGAUACUGAAAAACAAGACUUUUUGGGUGAUAUUUAUCCUAUGAUUAAGAAAAACCCCCAGCAUCCCCAAAUUAACAAUAUAUUAAUUUUAAUUAUAACUCAACUAAUAUCAACCACUAGGCUCAAAAUUAAACAGUGCCUGAAGAUUCAUGAUUUCCUCGACUGCUUUCAAUUUGCAUACGACAGUGUAAUCUCUUUCGUUCAUACAUGGCUCUUCUUACCUGUAAAGGAAGAGCUCCUUGUUUUCAAUUCAUUAUAUCCUGGUAAUAAUGAAAUUUUCCAUGCACUAAUUAGUUUUGCAGACUUUCAAAUACGUCAGUGUGAUAAAUGUUUCCUGAAUCUUACCAAGUCUAGAAGUUCUUUCCCUUCGAAGGUUAAUAUAGAUGAAAGCUUCAUAAUAAAAUUAGAAACGAUCAGAGACGAUCUAAGUAUAGUCAAGAGAACGCUUGAACUUCUAAGGUUGUAUUACCUAGACACUGUCGGAAAUUUCAUAAUAGAACCUCACAAUGUUGAGGAAAUCAGCACUUUUAUUUUAUCAAUCCAAAAAGCUAAAGCCAAUUCAUUUAAGGUUAAAGAAUUUCCGCUUUGUAACAAUAGUUAUAACGAUCUUUUAAUAUGGUUAUUUGAUCAACAAGAUCCAACAUUACUACAAAUUUCACGACUAUGUUUCCGAAAAUACUAUGGAAAUAAGUCUUCGUUUAAAAAUGACCUGAUUGAUAACCUUUAUUGUAUGCUCUUCGAAGGGGACGCGAUUACGAGCUCCAGUAGCGAAGAAAUUGAUGAUUCUAGGCUAGAUAAUUCUGAUGAUGAUAUCGAUGAAGACGAAGACAAAACUUAA